GUCUGGCCAGCCCCCGAGAGAGGUCGUAGACAAAAAGGGUCACGUCCAUGUCGUUGAGAGAGGCUCUAGGGUAUGAACUCUAUAGAGAGAAGAGCGGGUUGAGGGGUAGCGAUUAGAUUUUUAAAUAAAUGUCUUUUUACAAUGCAAUAUAUUCGCCUCCUCCCCUAGGCAGACGAGAUGAUGUAGGUAGUGAAGGUGCUGGUUCUGGAAAGCUUAGGAAUCACUUUUGGUGCCUGGUACCGGUACCUCGCGCCGCUGCGAGCCCGGCCUGGUUUCUCUCCGAUACCAACCCUCCAAACACACAUUCUGGGACACGUAGAAGGUGAAAACACAGUCGAAUCAAGCUCAUUCCAAUGUUGCAGUACUUGCAUUAUCCAUUACCUAAGGCCCCUGUCGUGCCCUAUCAACGCCUGCAACAGCGGGACCAGGGAGUCCUUGGCACGCUGCGGCGUCAUCCCGCCCAGGGGGUUUGUUCAAAUCCUGGCCCCCCAAAAAAGGGAAACACAUUUCAAGCAGCGCCGCCCCUUUUUUUUUCCUUUUUAUCCAUCGCCCAUCGCCAUCCAGCGGCCGUUGAAGUUGCAGUUGCAGUUGCAGUCGCACACAAUUCUCAAUCCAUGUCCUUCGUUUAACACCGAUGUGCCACACGGUCUACACAGUCUAGACUUCUCUCUCUCCCCUCUCACCCCUCCCUCCCUAUGAGACGCACGUCGGUUUCGCUGCCUACCAAGCACGUUGCUCGCGAUCCCCACGAGAAGCCCGACCGCUACGGAUUCGACCACCGAGAACCCGGCCUCGUCGCGAAGAUGCAGUCCGCCUGGGCCCAGCAGUCCCAGCGGGCCCGCUACAUCAAGACCGGUGCCAUCGUCUUCACCGUCCUCUUGCUCUUUUACUUCUUCACCUCCUCCGGCAACAGCUACGUCGGCGGCCAGGGACAAGUCCCAUCAGACUCCUCCUACGGAACCGACAGAUGCUCCCGAUCCUACUCCAAAGACAAGCCCAUCGUCCAAUACGUCUCCAUGAUCGACGCCGGCAGCACAGGCUCCCGCAUCCACGUCUACAAGUUCAACAAUUGCGGCGCCGCCCCCGAGCUCGAGGAUGAAGUCCUCUUCAAAAUGACGGCCAAGAUCGAAGGCCAAUCCUCCGGUCUCUCCGCGUACAAGGACGACCCCCUCAAGGCGGCCGAAAGCCUCGACACCCUCCUCGACGCUGCCCUCGAGAAAAUUCCCGACAAGCUCAAGUCCUGCUCCCCCAUCGCCGUCAAGGCCACCGCCGGUCUUCGUCUGAUCGGAAAGGAAAAGUCGGACAAGAUCCUCGAGGCGGUCCGCCACAGAAUCGAAACAAAGUACCCCUUCCCCCUCGUCUCCCGCGAGGAAAACGGCGUCGCGAUCAUGGACGGCUCCGACGAGGGGGUGUAUGCCUGGAUCACGACCAACUACCUCCUCGGCAAGAUCGGCGGACCAGACCACUCCCCCACCGCGGCUGUUUUUGACCUCGGGGGUGGAUCCACUCAAAUUGUCUUUGAGCCCUCGUUUGAGGGCCUUACAGACGGCGGCAUGCCCGCCAAGCUCGCCGAGGGGGACCACAAGUACGCUCUUGACUUUGGGGGCCGCAAGUUCAACUUGUACCAGCACUCCCAUCUCGGGUACGGCCUCAUGUCUGCUCGUGAAGCCAUCCUCGCCGAGCUCGUGACUGAUCUGUACGAGGAGCACAAGGGUGACAAGUCCUGGAUGGAGAAACCGAUUGUCAACCCUUGCUACUCGGCGGGCAUGUCCAAGAUGGCAAAGAUCGUCUUGCCGGGUGACCACCCCCUCGGCUCCAAGCUGGAGCUGAACAUGACUGGCCCUCACUGGGCCGCGCCGGCGCAGUGCCGGGCGUUGGCGGAGAGGAUUUUGAAGAAGGAGUCUGCGUGCAACCUGGCGCCGUGCUCGUUCAACGGUGUGCAUCAGCCGUCUAUGGCCAAGACGUUUGCGAGGGAGGAUAUUUACUUCUUGUCUUACUUUUACGAUCGGACGCAGCCGUUGGGGAUGCCGGAGAGUUUUACUCUUAGGGAGAUGUCGGAUCUGGCGAACAGGGUUUGUGGCGGGGAGAGGGAGUGGGAUGUUUUUGAGAGUGUGCCGGGCGCGAUGGAGGAGCUGAAGGAUAGGCCGGAGCAUUGUUUGGAUUUGAACUUUAUGUUGGCGCUGACGCAUACGGGGUAUGAGAUGCCUAUUGAUCGGGAGGUGAGGAUUGCGAAGCAGAUCAAGGGGAAUGAGUUGGGGUGGUGUUUGGGUGCUAGCUUGCCGUUGUUGAGCAAGAGUUCAGGGUGGCAGUGCAAGAUUAAGGAGGUUCAUAAAUAGACGAACCUUUUUGGAGCACAGCAUGAUACCGAGGAGAAAAUGGAAGGAAAAGGAAGGGGUCAUGGAGAAAAAAAAAAAAAAACCACGCAACUUUUUCGAUGUCUUCGCGUACAUACAUACAUAUACAACCUUUUAGUUAUCAUCAUUUCUUUUUCUUUUUCGGUUGGUUGGUUGGUUGGUCUAGGGUAUGGGAGAUACUGUUGUACUCUGGUAAAA